UUGCGCCUGGGCAGCUCGGCCGAGGCGUUGGAGGCGGCGAAAAGGGCCAUCCACCUGUCAGACAUGGUGCUGCGGUUCUGCAUCACCCUCAGCCACCUGAACAGGGCCAUGUACUUCGCCUGCGACAACGUCCUCUGGGCGGGAAAGACGGGGCUCGUCCCCAGCGUGGACCAGGAGAAGUGGAGCCAGAGGUCCUUCAGGUAUUACCUCUUUGCCCUCGUUGUGAACCUGAGCCGGGACGCCUACGAAAUCCGGAUCCUGAUGGAGCGUGAGGCAGGCGGGAAGCGAGCGAAAGGCAACGAGAACGGACGCCUGCUACGGGCUGACAACGGGUUCCAGCAGCUGGGGCUGAGGCUGCAGAUCCAGCUCCGGCUUCUGAUCCAUGUCCUUCGGAACAACCCUCCUCUGCUGCUGGACGUGGUGAAAAACGCCUGCGACCUUUUUAUCCCCCUGGACAAGCUGGGGCUGUACAAAACCAACCCGGGCUUUGUGGGGCUGUGCGGUCUCACCUCCUCCAUCCUCUCCAUCCUCACCAUCCUUCAUCCCUGGCUGAAACUGAAGCCUUAG